AUGUCAGAAAAGGUCGUUGGUAUCCUUGGUGAGCGUGGAGGCCAAUUGGGCCGUAUGCUCUCUGCAUCGGCCUCCUUACUCAACGUCAAAGUCGUUAUCCUGGACACAGGCGACAAUGCACCAGCAAAACAGGUCGUAGCACCAACAGCACCGCACCUCACCCACGUAGACGGCUCCUUCGCCGAUCCUCAAAAGAUCAAAGAACUCGCAGAAAAGGUCGACAUCCUCACAAUGGAGAUCGAGCACGUCAAUGUCGAGUCUCUCAAAGAUAUUGAAGAGUCUGGUCUGAAGAGCGGUUUGGCGAUCCACCCCAGCCCACAGACGAUCCACAUCAUCCAGGACAAAUAUCGCCAGAAGGAACACCUCCAGAGUCAUCGAUUGCCCGUUUCGGAGUUUAGGCCUGUGGAAGGGACUGUGGAGUCUGUCGAGGAUGCUGCGAAAGCUCUGGGGCUCCCGUUGAUGCUCAAAAGCAGGACACUGGCGUAUGACGGUCGAGGAAACUAUGCUGUUCGGGAGUUGAGCCAGAUUCCGGACGCCUUGGCUGCACUGGGGGGACGCCCCUUGUACGCAGAGAAGUGGGUACCGUUCGUCAAGGAGAUUGCUGUUAUGGUCGUCCGCACGACUUCCGGAGAGGUCGCCUCCUAUCCUGUCGUCGAAACUGUGCACAAGGACAACAUCUGCCACCUUGUAUUCGCGCCUCUGAGAAGCGAAGAUCCUACUUUGUCACACCGUGCGCGCUCGAUAGCUGAGGACGCUGUUCGAUCGUUCACGGGUGCUGGUAUCUUUGGUGUUGAGAUGUUCCUGUUGGAGAACGGCGACAUCUCGAUUAACGAGAUCGCACCCCGACCACACAACUCGGGUCACUACACCAUCGAAGCCUGCGAAACCUCGCAAUACGAGAACCACCUCCGCGCCAUCCUCUCCCUUCCCCUCGGCUCCACCGAGCUCAAAGUCCCCUCCACCGUCAUGCUCAACCUCAUCGGGCACUCCUCCUCCAUGAGCGAAAUCGAAAAGGUCCGGGACGUCGCCCUGUCGACGCCAGGAACCUCCGUCCACCUCUACGGCAAAGCCGAGUGUCGAAAGGGGCGCAAGAUGGGCCAUAUCACCGUCGUCGCCGAGUCGGAUGCGCAGCUGCGCGAGCGACUCCGACCCCUCCUCCUCGCACUCCCCGACACCACCCCGGAAGAACUGGCCAAAUACGCGCCCGAAACGCCCACUCCAGGCGCCGGAUUCUCAGAUCCCAACCCACUUGUUGGUAUCAUCAUGGGUUCAGACUCGGAUUUGCCCGUUAUGCUCGCAGGCGCGCGUAUCCUCGAUCAAUUCAAGAUCCCCUACGAAUUGAGCAUCGUUUCGGCGCACAGGACGCCUGAUAGGAUGGUCAAGUACGCAAAGUCGGCGGCGACGAGGGGGUUAAGGGUUAUCAUAGCUGGUGCGGGUGGUGCUGCGCAUCUACCGGGUAUGGUGGCUGCUAUGACUGCUCUGCCUGUCAUUGGUGUUCCUGUCAAGGGGAGCACCUUGGAUGGUGUGGAUUCGUUGCACAGUAUUGUGCAGAUGCCGCGGGGUGUGCCGGUCGCGACUGUUGCGAUUAAUAACAGCACGAAUGCGGGGCUGUUGGCUGUGAGGAUUUUGGGUGCUGGUAUUCCGAGGUUGGUCAUUGCUAUGGAGGAGUACAUGGAGAAGAUGGAGAAGGAGGUCCUCGGAAAGGUAGAAAAGCUGGAACAGGUUGGUUGGGAGAAAUACGAAGUCAAGAAAUAG